GCCAACACACAGAGACGUGCCUUGCAAUGCCAUGUUGCUGCAUGUGUUCCCACAACUGAGAAGGAUACAGGGAGCCUGCCUGCCUUGCUGAUUUAUCUGAUGUGUUCUUGUUUCUGUUUCAGCAUUCAGGAGAAUUCCUUCAGCACGACAGCUUUAGCAGAGUGUGACGGGGAUUCAGACUCUGUCCAUGAAGAUCAAGCAGGCAGUUCCAGUCCCAGAGAUGAUGAUAACAAAGAAAAUUAUCCGGACAACGGUGCUGUCUUAGAGGAAAGGCAGCUGCCUUUGCCAGACGCUCAGCAGCACAGGCAGCAGGCUGUGAUUGACUGUGCUCUAAAGCCUGAAAUGGGCAACUUAAAGCUGAGAAAACCCAAGCCCAUUGCAAAGCUAGAAAAUGGAAAAAGCCAUGAGGAAAGUCAGGAGCUGGAAUGUGCAUUGCCAGGCCUCCCAGAGUGGCAGGGGAAGCCUGGAUCCUCAGCUAAUGACUACACACAGAAUGUGGCUCUGAGGUGCCAGGAAACAGUCGUGAGACUUCAACCAAGAAUAGAUCAGAACACAAGCAUUUCACCAAAGGAAGCAACCGAUCGAUGUAACAGCUUAAAUGAGAAUUCUUUGUUGAAGCUGCAAGCCCUGGAAAGCGAGCUGUGCUCUGCAUUCCUGCCAAGCCAGGAGGAAACUCCCCAGCUGCCGGCGCCCAAGGACGCAGCCCCUCCAUCAGCGCAGAGCGGCGGGCAGGCUGAUGGGGCCGGCGGUGGAGAGCAAUAUCACUUCAUUUCUCCUAUUAUUGAUUUUAAUUUAAUGCAUCAGCAGAGAGAUAGCGAAGAGCCUGUGCCAGCCCACAGAGACUGGCAGAACGACAUGGAGAGCAGCCCACAGGAGCAUCACUCCCUAGGGACCAGUCGACUGCUGUAUCACAUUACAGAUGGAGACAAUCCUCUUUUGUCACCACGCUGCUCUAUCUUUAGCCAAAGCCAGAGAUUUAAUCUAGACACAGAGUCUGCCCCUUCUCCACCAAGUGCUCAGCCUUUCAUGGUGCCAAGAAGUUCUUCCAGAUGUAACUGUGAAGACUGCAAAGAACCACAGACAGUAACACAACUUACCAAGCAUUUGCAGAGCCUCAAGAGAAAAAUUAGGAAGUAUGAAGAAAAGUUUGAGCAAGAAAAAAAAUACCUGCCUUCCCAUGGUGACAAGACUUCCAAUCCUGAAGUUCUGAAAUGGAUGAAUGCUUUGGCCAAGGGUCGGAAGCAGCUCAAAGAACUGAAACUCAGAAUUACAGAAGAGCAAAACUGCACCUCCACAGCACCCCAAAGAAAUGACCAUUGUGAAAGCACUGGGACCUCUAAAGAGGCUGGCACACAGGAGGCCACGAGCAUGGAACCAGCUCCCUCAGUGGAAGAAACCAUGGAUAGCGUAUUGAGGCGGCUGAAGGAGAAGAGACAACACUUUCACCUUCCUGAGACUAUUAAGGUCACUAAGCAAGAAAAGAGUCUCAUGAAACCUCUUUACGACAGAUACAGAAUUAUCAAGAAACUUCUUGCAGCUCCAUCUUUGAUCACAACAAUUCAGGAGGAGGAAGACUCAGAUGAAGACCAUUCUCAAAGCAGCCAUGAGUUGUCAUCUGGUCCAAUGUCUUGCUUCCCGGUUGAAGAGCACCUGUGUUACUCUCAGGAGGAGAGUGAGCCUGCACAUGCCUCACCUCUGGAUGAAAAGAAAGUUUACAGGCAAACAGCCUUGUCUAUGUCCAAUUUACACGAGGCAACAAUGCCCGUUCUGCUCGAACAUCUCAGAGAAACGAGAGCUGAUAAGAAAAGGCUUCGCAAAGCUCUGAGAGAGUUUGAGGAGCAAUUCUACAAACAGACAGGAAGGAGUCCUCAAAAAGAAGAUCGGGUGCCAAUGGCCGAGGAAUACUCCGAAUACAAGCACACAAAAGCCAAAAUCAGGCUCCUGGAGGUUCUCAUCAGUAAGCAUGAUAUUUCCAAAACGAUUUGAAGUGAAUGCAAUGCUGUGAUAUUGUUCUCUAGCAAAAAAAAACAAGUAAUGAAAAAGAUAAAGUAAUUUUACAGGUCUUGGUCUGCUGCACAAUUACUUGACACACUGAGAUUUUUGAUGCACUUUACCAAUUAUAAUAGCUGGGAUGAGAGAGGACAGCAAUAUGCAAGAAUAUUAAGCACAGGUGAGUGGACUAUAGUAUAUAUUUUUCCUUUUGAAAAAGCCUUGAAGUGCACUGUGAGAAUAUUAAGAAAUGAAAAGGACACUGAAGUGUUGUAGCUCCUCAGUUUGACCUGCUCUAAAAGUGUGAGGAAAUGCUCUCCAGGUUUUUAGUACAUCUUAGUACAUGAUAAUGUACUACGUUUGUUUCCAGAAUUAACAUGCACUAGAAUUAACUAUUAAUGACGGCUCUCAAUGUGCUGAUUAAAGGAAAUGAAUUAAAACAAAUUAAGGGAAAACUCCAGACGUACUCUGGCUUUCAAGACAGAGUUGGCAUUCAAUUCCAGUAGCUUCAAAAAAAGGUGCAUAGAAAAAAACCAGUGCCAGGGAGUAGAGCACAGUGAUGCUGCUUAUGCAAAAAAAAAAAAGGACAGAACAUGAUGGCCAAAUGGAACUAUUGGUUUUUUAGAGAUAAGAGAAAAAAAUAGAGGUUACUGGGAAGAGAGAGACCAAAUGUACCGGCUGCUGUCCUUUUCACUAGUUCACAGGACCUGGCUCACAGAACUUAAUAAAUAGAUCAACUAACUACAUGCUAAUUUUGAUUUCUGUACGAAACUUUGCACUUUGUUUUGCCUGAUGCUAUAACAUUCGCUUUUCUGACUACCAAAGCUCGUUUAGACGCAUGCACUUUGUAAAAUGUUGAAGUACUUCUUGUGUUAUAAAUUGCCACAUAUAUAUAUAUAUAUUAAAACAGGACUAGAUUAUUGCAUUAUGCUAAGAUAUUUUGGAUAGGUAAAGUACAUGGUAUGUAAGUGAGUGUCACAGUUAUCUGAUGAGGACUGCUAGACUUCUUGUUUACUGAAAAUAAGAUUAUAAAAAGUUAUUUUUCCAUUGGAAUUAUGCAUAUUUCUUAACUUUCAGAGCACCACACUUUGUAUUAUUAAGAAGAAUUUGUCACUCUUUGUGAUAGAGCAUUGGUGUGAAAAGUGGACUGUUAACAGAAGGAUUAUCAGCAGGUUUUGUAUUAGAAAUGAAAAGCAGGGGGAUUCUGGGAAAUACCUAGCCCAGACAUAAAGGAGGGAAGAAUUAAUUAAAGA